AGCUUGUGUUAACUGAAAUGAAACCAGAUUUUUGAUCUUCCAUUUCAGCCAUGGUUGUGGUGACAUCUACAACCUCAUCUUCAACUUCACUUCUCCAAUCCAAACUACAUCACCAAACUGUAAACUCUAGAAUUCAAGCUAACCUUAAUUACUACUCAACAACUAAAUCAAAACCCACUUUAUUACAUUUCCACCUUAUCUACAAAAAUCAUUCGGACCCAAGUAGUUGUAGAGUUAGGAAUAGUAGUAAUACUAAUGGAGUUUUAUCUGUUAAGUCUUAUAUGGAAAACCCUAAUACUAUCUCUGGUAUUGCUGGUAGAAUUUUAGGUUCUCUUCCUAUUAUUGGUCUUGCUGCUAGAAUUCUUAUUGAUGAAGGUGGUGUUGGUGGUGACAUUAUAGACUUUGCGGAAUUCCGUAGACGCGUUGGAAAGAAAUGUAGUAUAGUGGACUCCAGAGCUUUUUACGAGUUCCAGGAUCGCCGGGGCAAGGUUGGGAAUCCAAUAUAUGUCCUACAUUGUUGUUGGUUGGCUGCGGUUGGUGCUGGUCUUUUGAAAUCCGAAGAAAUUCUUGAGGGGGUUGCAAGGCUUAGUCUUUCUGAUGACAUAGAAUUUGAAGAGGAGACUUUUGUGGCCAUAAUGAAUGAAGCAAGAGAGAGGCGAGCAAAGAUGAAGAUCCAAAAUCCUGCUAUACCAAUGGUGGAUAGAGCGGAGAAAGCACUUGAAGCCAUCUAUGUGUGUUGCUUUGCUGGUAGAGACCCUAUAGAAGAAGACGAUGAGAGACUACUCCGUGUCAUUCUAAAUUGUGUUUUUCCCGGUGUUGGACAACCUGAAAUAGACAGAAUUGUUAGAGAAAAGGCAAAGAGGGUUUCUGAAGGUGAAGAAAUCAAUUAUAAAGAGCCAAAGUUUUUAACUAAAGACGCUGUGCAACAGCAAAUGAAGGAUCUAAAGUUCCUACAACAGAAUAAUGAACAAUAGAAACGGCUAGUUUUUAUCCCCUUUUUCUUGUAAGUUGUAAGUAAACCCCUUCAACUUUGUACGCCAACGAGAAAGACCGUUGAAGUUGUUACUUGACAUUAUGUGUUUCAUUUUUCUAUGAGCUUGUAAACACACGAUUUCUAUGUUAUACGAGUACUUGUUUAUGAGGAUGCAA